UCGUAUUUAGCAUAAUAUAUAGCAGCAGUUUUUUUAGCAUGUAGGAGCAGUAGGCAAAGAGCAUCGCGAAAAUGAGGAUCGUAUGCCAAAAGUCAUGCAGCAGUAGGCAAAUGGGCUAUUCCUCCACCAUUAAGGGUGUGAGACUUUGGUUGUGCACCUUACAGAAUUAUAAAUUGGUUUGUCUAUGCCUGUUGUAACUUCGAUUUAGAGGUACAGCGAUAAAUGUCCUCCACAGUGUGAAAAAUAUAGAUCAGCAGAAAUAUCUGGAAUAUUUUCUUGGACGUGUUUCAGCAUAUUCUAUGAGGAACGUUUUUAUUUCAUCACUCUAACAUUGGUUUUUCGUAAUUUUAUUAAAAAUAAUUAUGAUAUCAAUUUUACGUGAUAUGGAGGUGAAGUUGUCUGGUGACCUUUUAGGCCUACAAGAUGAAUUGUGAACUUUUAUUUUUGUCUAAAAAUCUGCUGAAAGAAAAUGCCUUUCGAAGUUAUUUUUGAGAUAUAAACACUUGAUGAACUGCGAUUAUGAUAAUUGAAGAAGAAAUACAAACCCGUAGUAAAACAUCAAGAGUAAACGGCCAGGGGCGAAAUAAUCAAAAGCUGCAUUUUUCAUAUGGAAAGGUUUCAGAUAACUUUGUUAUUGUUUGUUGUGUUCUUUUUUAAUUUUCUUUUGUCUUCGUUAAUCUUCUUGUCUUCUUUUUAAUCUUCGUUUGUGUUUUUUUGAUGCACAAAAUAUCCUUUAUACUUUUAUAUGAGCACUGGCAGUUUGGCCAUUUCAAAAUAAAAAUAUAGUAAAGCAAAUUAUGUUUACUAUAUAGCACUCACUUAUAUGCUGUUCAAAUGCUCAGCAACAUACAAUGUUGCCAAAUGCAUAACACUGCAUAUUUACACAAGCGGUGUGUGUUCUAUUCCUCUUCUCUUCUAUCACGCUGUUCUUCUAUCCAUCUUGUUCUCCUUUAUUCUUCUCCAAUUUGUCUUACUAUCCUCUUCUUUUCUUUUCAUUUCUCUCACAUUUAUCUUCUAUAUAUCUCCUAUCAAUUGUUCGUCUGUCCACUAGCAUGCAUGCAGAAAUCAGGUAUGCUAUAGGAAAGCACUUACCUCGGCAUUUAUUAGGGGAUAUAGAGUACAUCAAUGUUAAAAUAUUGGUAGUAAAUACGACUUUUUUAAUUGCUAUCACUUACUGAUUGGAAUAGCCAAAGGGGCUGUGUAUGUCAGGAUGUACUGUUGUCAGUGUUGACCUACAAGAGCAAAAAUUUUCUCUGUUUUUGCAAGAAAUUGGGGGAACGUUUAGUUAUAGUAACAGACUUGGUUAAUGUAACCGUCAACAAUUACUUUGUCAUUCAGUCUAAUGUAUCAUUUAAGGAAGUGGAAUUGACUCUGAACUCAUGUCACUUGUUACAAUCCCCCUCGAGCCACACAAAGGAGCCGUUUCAUCUGUUGCUACCUCGCCAUUCAGCAGUAAACUGCUUUUGACAUGUAGCUUUGAUGGCACCGUAAAGAUUUUCAAGUUGGGGCAGGAGAACACGGCUGUGUUUUCUGCAGAUCCAUCAUUGGGAUAUCUUCACUCUGCAGUCUGGUCCUACUCAAAGCCACUCACCUUUGCUGUGGCUACAGGUGAUGGAUACGUUUUGAUAUAUGACCUGUCGGAGAGCCAGUCUAGCCCUCUUCAAAAACUAAAAGCUAGUCCUGAGCUUCAACCAGUUCACCAUGUCACGUUCAACCCUUCCCUGCAUCACACUGUGGCCUCGGCUGAUAAAAAAGGUGUUGUGAAGGUGUGGCAGCUCAGCGACAGCCUCACGUACAACAGUCCGCGAGCUCUCCAGUCGUUGAACCUCUUAGCCAGCUCAGAGAAUUCCACGAAAGCUGAAACGUCGAUGAAGUGAGCGUCGGAAGCUGGCACCGCUCGGUGCUAAGUAACAGUAGCAGAUAAAUGCUCUCAGACUCUAAACCCAGCCUAGGCGAUUUAGUCGUGUGCCACUCUUCACUGCCGGUUGUGUUGAAUCGUGGUGCUGAGUGCAUCAUGCUGUGCGUACGGGUCUAGCAAUUAGAACUUGUGUGACACUGAGGUUUACCGUCCACGUGUAGCAGACUACUCUUGUAGUAGAGUAUUCCCAUCCGUGCCGGAGAAGACUUGUGCAAAAUAGACUUCAAUUUUAAUAUCCAUGCAGAGCAGAAAUUAUGUGAUAGAAACUUAGAUUUUACUAUCUAUGCAGAUUAGAACUUCUAGACCAGACUAGAAGACUUUGUAGACUAGACUACAAGAGUUAAAGUUUACGCAGUGGCUACGCGUGCGGUCAUCCAUUACAAAGCUCAGCACGGGUCAGGGAAGUUAGC